UUGUGUGUGUAUUACUACUUUGAGAAACAUAAAAAGCCGCUGGAACAAGUUUUAGAAGCUACACAAGGAGGAUUGGAUAAAGCCCAGCUGCACUUUGCAUGAAUUACUUGGAGAGAAUCUAAUGGGAAACAAAGAGAUCAGACUUGUUUUCAUCUUCCUUUUCUCCCUCCUAUAUGUAUUUGCAUAUUCAUCUCCUCUUCAAGAGACUUUGACUUCAGAUAUUGUGCAGGAAAUCAAUUUGGAAAAUAAAGGUACAAAUGCCCCUAGCAAAAAUGGUAUUGAUGGUGGUGAAAACGGUAACAGCAAGAUAAAGCACAGCAGCAAGUUUUCAUAUGGCUAUGCACACAGGGGGGCUGGUGGAAAUGGUGGCCAAUCAACUGAUAACGGAAGAACUCCAAAUCCACAAGGAGGGGCAAAUUAUGUCCCUGUAUAUGCAGCUGGUGCUGUAAAUAACCGCCACCCAGUCCACCGUGGUGCUGGCAACUCCAACCAGAAUUGCAAAGGACUUUCCACCAUUAUCCCCACAACCAUUAUCUCUCUCGUACACUUUUAUGUCACAUUCAGAUACUAAUACCGGACCUGGAAAUUAAGAUGUAAAUAGCGACUAUUGCAUGUUUUCAUAGAUUUAAAGGGAGGAAAAAAAAAGAAGAAGAAGAUGCUGUCAUUUGCUUGUUAUGUGUCUUGUAGUCGGUUUCCUUGUACAAACGCUUUCCUGUGGGAAAGCUGUACUAUGCACUUUAUUUCCCCUAAGAACCAUGUAUUGUAAAGUUCAGCUUUGUACACAUGUGGUUAGUGUAUCUCACCUCUGAUAAGACAAAUAGAGCUGAUGCAUUUUGUGCUUAAA